ACAGAAGAAGAUCAGGAUGUUUCGUUUCAUGGCGCGAAUGCGGCUUUGGCAGUCCUAUUUGAACACAAAAAGAUUUUAUUUCAUCUAGUUUACUUGUUUUCUUUUUCCACCAGUAAACUAUACUCGUUUAGAAUUGUGACCAAGCCCAUGAUGUUGAUCUUUAGACACUGGCUCAGUUAGAACUGUUAGCUAGCUGAGUGGCUAAAAAGGUGCUCGCGCAGAGGUGAGCCGCGGCUCGAGCUCCUGAAACUUUGUGAAGAUUUCUCGCAGCAUCUAGUCCACUAAAGUCCAGUCAGGGGUCAAGUGUAGUAAGUCUGGCUUGUCUAGGGAGUGUCCAGUUAUCUGGGUUGACAUUUUAACAGUCUCGUUUGGAACUGAAGCCAGGAUGUCCAAAGCGAGCCGGGAUGCGUACAUGGUGAAAUUUGUUGAAUGUAAUGGACAUAAAAGUGAGCUUGGCCUCAAAGCUUAUGAGGCCAUAGUGGAGCUGCAGUCUGAGAAAUAUGUGCAGACUAUUGAUGAAGGAGCUGUGCUGGAGUUGGAACACAAUGACAAGUCCUUGUACGUGUUCAGCGAUUUCACUAGUGAUGCAUUCGAGCACUGCAGGAAGCUGGGGUGCAGGAUAGUGAGUCCUCUAGUAGUGCUGUUCUGCCUGCAGCAGCAGAGAUGUGUACCAAAAGCAGAGCAACCAGUUUACAACAUGGCCAUGGCUGACGUUACAGUGUGCUGUACCAGUCUGGACAAAGAUGCACGGACAGAAGUAAUGGACUUGGUCCAGCUGAUGGGUGGACGCGUCUACCGAGACCUCAACGUGUCUGUCACUCACCUGGUAGCAGGUGAGGUGGGCAGUAAAAAGUACCUGGUGGCUGCCACCCUGGGGAAACCCAUCCUUUUACCUACCUGGGUCAGAGCAUGCUGGGAGAAAUCUCAGGACAGUAUGUUCCGGUACACAGACCUGCGUAUGGAGGAAUACCAGUGUCCUGUUCUCAAAGGCUGCACUGUGUGUGUGACUGGUCUAUCCACGGUGGAGCGUAAAGAGGUACAGAGACUAUGUGAACUGCAUGGAGGGAGCUACACUGGCCAGCUUAAAAUGAACGAAUGCACUCACCUCAUUGUCAACGAACCCUCAGGUCAGAAGUACGAGUUUGCAAAGAAGUGGAACGUGUACUGCAUCUCCAUUCACUGGCUCUUUGACAGUAUUGAGAAGGGCUUCUGUCAGGAUGAGAGUCGUUAUGCUGUAGAACGAGAGGACAAGAGGAAGGAGAAGCCCGGCAGACCCAACACCUCCACUCCCACUGGCUCAAAUAAGACAGAUGGACCAUCUUUGCUUGGACUGAGCCAUAUCUCAAAUGUCAGCAUGAAUGUCAACGAAACAGCCAUGACAACUGCAACAGUGAGCCGCAUAGAGACAGCUGAUCCAAUUGACUCAUUUGAUGUUACCCUCUGUCCAACAGAUGACUUAUUAGAUGGCUGCAAGCUAUACCUGUGUGGUGUGGUGGGGAAGAGGUUGGAGAAACUGCGGCGGUUGGUGAACUCUGCUGGAGGCCUGCGCUUUAACCAGCUUGGUGAAGAACUUACACACAUUGUGAUGGGAGACGCAGACCAGGAUGUCCAAAGCUUUCUUGCUAAAGCUUCUCAUAGGCCACAUAUCGUCACAGUGCAGUGGUUGCUGGACAGUUUCUCUCGUGGCUCUCUGCUUCCAGUGGAGAGCUACUUCCACCCUUCAUUCCUCCCUCCUGCUCCAACACACGUGGACAUUCCUGCCCCCCGCCCUGUUGCCUCACACCCCUCCAGGUCAUCUUUUGCUGCCCCGCCAGCCCCCAGCCCUAACCGACAUGCCAGGGCUGAGGAAGAAUUACUCUCGCAAUAUGUGGACAAUAACCAGACUGUAGUGGAGUUAGCUCCACCCCCAGAUAACAAAAACAACACUUGCGGGUCUGAAAUGCUAGAUCCAGCUGUACCAGGGCAUGGCUCCACUGUAGCUGAAUCCUCAGAGGGAGGUUUGUUUACUGGGAAACGCUUCCUCCUGGUGGGCUUCGGCACAGAAGCAGAAGGACAGCUCUCUACGUUGGUUGUGGAGAACUAUGGAAAGGUUUUGGUUGGCCGUUUCAGAGGCGUGGCUGAUUAUGCUAUAGUUCCUCUGCUAGGCUGUGAGGUGGAGGCCACAGUGGACGAAGUGGUCACAGACACCUGGCUGGCAAUGUGUGUGGAGCAGCAGUGCGUUCUGCCAGUGUCAUCUCAUCCAUUGUUCACCCCAGUAGUGGUGAAGGAGGGCUGCUCUCCUCUCAGAGACUGUGUGCUUUCAGUUAGCCAAUUUACCGGUGCAGAGAGAGAGUCACUCAUUCAGCUUUCCAGACAUCUGGGAGCAAGUGUACAGGACUAUUUUGUGCGCACUGCUAAUCAGAGGAAAGGCAUGCUGGCUAGCACUCACCUCGUCCUGCAGACUCCUGAGGGCACUAAGUACCAGGCAGCACAGAAAUGGGGGCUGCCUGCUGUGACGAUACGCUGGAUUCUAGAGUCUGCCAGAACGGGCAAACGUGCUGAGGAGAGACGCUAUCUGGUGGAUCUGCCGCCAUCUCCAGAGCACAGCGAGGACAGUUUCAUUGGAGCGUCUCAGAAAGCUGCAGACCCUCCCGUGCCUGUGCGUCUCUCUCCAGAGAUCCCUCUGCUAGGUCCACAGAGCAGCACCUCUGUAACACCGUUGGACAUGGGCCGUCUGCAGAGCCGCACUGUCCACUCCGUACUCCGCAAGCUGAAGAAAGGCGAGGAGGAGAAGGUGGAUGUCACAACCCCAGCUCAAGAAGACAGCAAAGGGAGCUUGCAGAAAGAACUUCAGCUUGAUACGCCAUCACGCUUCCUCAGUAGAGACAAGCUCUUCGGACCUUCCUUUAACAUUAAGGAUGUGUUUGACCAUUUAAAAACACCUGUUAAUAAGCCUCAGCAGAGCGAGGGGGCAGAGACUCCGCUAAGCGAGGUGAUAGAAAGGAAUUUAAAAGCAGCUGUGGCCAAUAGCAACCGUAGUCAUGUCAUGACCCUUGCUGCCCUGACUGCAAGUCCUCAUCUGGGCAAAGAGCCAGAACCUAAGAUAAAUGAACAGGUAGAGGAAAAGACUUCUUCAGCUCCACUUGCCGGAGUGGUGGUUUGUGUGAGUAAGAAACUCAGUAAAAAACAGAAUGAGCUAAAUGCAAUGGCUGCGUCCCUAGGAGCAGACUUCAGGUGGUCUUGUGAUGAUUCGGUCACCCACUAUAUCUACCAGGGCAAGGUGGGAGACAACACUAAAGAGUACAGGGCAGUGAAGGAGAGAGGUCUGCACAUAGUAUCCCAGCACUGGCUGCAGGCGUGUGCAGAGGAGCAGAAACGAGUGCCUGAGUCACUCUACCCUUUCACCUUUAACCCUAAAAUGAGCCUGAUGCUGAGCCAGGUGACAGACAGCACCCAGAAGUCUCCUCCCCUUUCCACCCCCCGCUCUAAACUCCGAACACUCAUCGAUGACGAUGAUGAUACAAGAAUGGGAGCUGUGGACUUCACAGCAGAUAUUUCUACUCCUCAGAGAGAACCUACAGAAAGAGAGCAGCAGCAACCAACCAGUAGUGAAAGGAAAGACUUGACAGAGACUCUGGAGAUGAGAGAGAACUUACAGAGGCAGCUACAGGAGAUUAUGUCUGCCACAAAGUUGACCAGUGGCCGGCGAGCAUCCUCUAGAUUGGCCCGAGGGGGUUCAGGGGGACUAGACUCUCCAAACACUCCAGAGAUUUUGGGUCGGAUGGGUAGACGCAGCAGGACACUGGAAGCUUUACGUAUGUCCCGUCAGGCUGCCGUGGAUGUGAACACAGAAGCGUCUCAGAGUGAGCAGAUAGUGUGGGAUGAUCCCACAGCAAGAGAGGAGAGGGCGAAGUUGGCUGAUAAUCUGCAGUGGCCAGGCAGCCCUUCUCAACAUUCAGAGCCUCUUGCCAUCCUCCCUCAACCACACACUGAUCAAAACGCUCGCGUCUCCAUGACCGACUCCGAACUGGUGGACAUGGCUGCCUAUGAUGUAAUAGAAGAGCACAUGAAACGGACAGAGACCCCACCAAGGGUUAAUACUGAGCCUGAGGGUCCGAAAAAGACUGAUGACCCUAGUACUGCUUUCUCCAUCUCCAAAUCUUCAAUGCUGGCUGAGUUACAGCUUGAGGAAGAGGAGGAGAUUGAGAAGAAAGUGGUGAAGAAGGAGCCUCCACGCUUCCAGCUGUCUUCACUUAACCCACAGGAACGUAUUGAUUACAGUCACCUCAUAGAGGAGCUGGGUGGUAUCUUACUAGAAAAGCAGUGUUUUGACCCUAGCUGUACUCACAUCAUCGUGGGUUAUCCUCUAAGGAAUGAGAAAUACCUGGCUGCAAUGGCAGCUGGCAAAUGGAUCCUUCAUCGCUCAUACCUGGAGGCCUGUCGUGCUGAGGGAUACUUCAUACCAGAGGAGGAUUAUGAAUGGGGUAGCCAAUCUAUUUUGGAUGUUCUUCCUUCCAUAAACUCCCAACAGAAGAGACUGGCACUAGCAGCCUUGCGUUGGAGAAAAUCAUUGCAGGGUUGCAAAGAUAAAGAUGGUGCGUUUGGUGGCUGGACAGUGAUGUUGAACAUAGACCAGGCCAGAGAUGCAGGAUUCAGAAGAUUGCUGCAGUCUGGAGGAGCAAAGGUGUUGCCAAGCCCAUCUCCCUCUCUGUAUAAGGAAACCACUCAUCUCUUCGCAGACUUCAGUCGCCUGGGACCAAAUGAUGUGAGAGUGGAUGUGACUGAGGCUAUGGCUUAUGGAGUUAAAUGCCUCAGGCCUGAGUACAUUGCUGAUUACCUCAUGCAGGAACCCUCACCACCAAUGGAUGCAUAUUAUGUUCCAGGAGCAGCGGCGAAUGGGCUUCCUGAGAACUCGCACCAAGACCAGAACACCCCCUCACGCAAGCGCAAGGCCUCCGAGGACAUAUCCGCUGUGAAGAAGAGCAGGGUUAGGUGAAAUCUGUUUUAGCUCAGAGAUAAGUCAUUUAAAUGUGAACUGUUAACAUAAUUAUAUACUUGUUUUGUUUAAUGAAAAUAAAUGCACUUUUACUAAAAAAAAUCGAUGUCGUGGUGCUACUUAGCAUUUAUGAACAUGCUUUUAUUUAUCA